AUGUCUUUGAGUGAUAGCCUUCCACAAGUUUUCGUCGUUUUGUUCAGUACUUUUAUUCUUAAUAUCCAGAGUUGUAAAAAUGAGCGAUCUCAUUGUAAAUUAGAUGAAUCCAAUAAUGAUUCAAUAAUCUCUUCACGUUUUUCUACCGUAAAAAGGGAUGUCUUUAAAAUUGGAUUUACAUUAAUUCAAGCUAGUUCUUUUGCUUUUCUAUUCGGAUGGAAAUUUGAUCGAGAACAAGACAAAAAUUCGGUUUUAUCCGUCGGAUUACUUGCCGUUUGUUGGCAAUCACAAUCUCUUCCAGAUCAAGAACUAUUGUAUGGAUUAUUAAUUGUCAUUUAUCAAUAUUUUACGCGGUUGCGUCAAUUUGUUCCCUUUGGCAAAUUCGAAAUGUGCUCAAACAUGCAUGGUCCAUCGAGGUCAAAACAAUAUCAUAAAGGCAAACCCGUAUUCGCGGAUAAUUAUUGUUCUUUUUGGGCUUUUCUCACCUUUUCAACCGUUACUCCAUUAAUGAAGAAAACGCUCAAGCUUGGACGAUUGGAUGAUUCUGAUCUUGAUCAACUUUCUUAUUCUCACAGAGCUUCAACAUUAUAUGAAAAAUUCAAAAGUUUACGUGGGCGAAAAUUGCUUUAUCGAAUUUGGAAGGCCAAUCAAAGUAUUAUUGUUCUUCAAGUUGCUUUGAUCACAAUUGUAUCAUGUUUAUAUUAUUUGCCAACGAUUUUUUUUUAUCAUUUCCUGGAAUUUAUUCAAAAUAAAUCACCUGAUGAUUCCUUGGAAUGGGGAUACAUUUAUAUCUUUGGAAUGCUUUUAAGUAAUAUUUUGGUUCAAUUGGUUUAUGGUCAAAAUCGAUAUUUUAGCUCUGUUGUCUUGCCAUGUAAAAUAAGGGGGAUGCUUAAUAGUGAAAUUUAUUUUAAGAGUCUAAAGACUGUGGAUAAUACGAGGAAAGUUAACGUGGAUGACAACGAAAAUGCAACUGUCGGCAAGAUUGCAAAUUUGAUGUCGGUGGACACUAAUCGUAUAUGCGAAUUUGCGGUGGCAUUGAAUGGUGUAAUUGAUUGUCCGAUAGAAUUAAUCGUUGGAGUUUAUUUCUUGUAUCAAUUAUUGGGAUUGGCAAGUCUUUUAGGGUUGCUUGUUUUAUUUGUGACUUUCCCUAUCAAUCAUCAAACAGCCAAACUUUAUACAAAAACUCAAGAUAAACUUAUGAAAGCGAGAGAUUAUAGAACUAACCUUAUGCAUGAAAUUCUUCAGGGGAUUAGAAUGAUUAAAUUCUUUGCGUGGGACAAUAAAUAUGAAGAUCGCGUGCUAGAGGCGCGAACGAAUGAAUUAAUACAGCUACGCAACAAUUUUUUAUGUCGGUCGAUCUUUGAUCUUUUAUGGAUGGCGUCUCCAAUCUUGGUUACAAUAUUCAGUUUCUUUAUCUUUACCAAAAUUCAAGGAAACGAACUUACAGUUUCGAUUGCAUUCACAUCAAUUACAAUAUUCCAUGAAUUAGAAUUCGCAUUUAAUGCCUUACCGGAGUGUAUUAUGGAUGGUGUUCAAGCAUUCGUCAGUCUUGACAGAAUUGAGGAAUUUUUAGGUGAAGAAGAAAUUAGUCUCCCUUUAGAUGUGGAACAUGAUGAGAUAAACUCCAAGAUUGCUUUUGAAAAUGUGACAGUUACUUGGAAUAAAAAUUUUGAAGAUAAAAUUGAUGAGAAUGAAUUCAUGAUUAAGAAUUUAAACGUUGAAUUUCCUAUUGGUGAAUUUAGUAUUAUAUGUGGUCCGACUGGAUCCGGAAAAUCAAUGCUUUUGAUGUCUCUUCUGAGAGAAACACAUCUUGUUGAAGGAAUAAUUCAUUGUCCCCGUUCCCCAACCAACCCUGAUACUCAGGAGCUUACUACAAAUAAUUGGAUUUUGCCUAAUGGUGUUGCCUUGGUCUCUCAACAAGCAUGGCUUUUGAAUGCUACUAUUAGAGAUAAUAUUUUAUUUGGACUUCCCUUUGACAUACUUCGUUAUGAUCAAGUUGUAACCAUGUGCUCAUUAGUCAAAGAUUUCGAGAUGUUCCAAGAUGGUGAUUUAACUGAAAUAGGUGAAAAAGGAAUAACACUUUCUGGAGGUCAAAAACAGAGAGUCGCAUUAGCAAGAGCAGUAUAUUCUAGAGCAAAGCAUAUCUUGAUGGAUGAUAUUCUUAGCGCCGUUGAUGCGUAUACUUCUAGAUUUAUUUUGAAUGAAUGUAUAUUAGGUCCGUUGAUGAAAGGACGAACUCGGAUUCUCGUCACUCAUCACGUACGCUUAUGUUUAACUGGCGCCACUUACAUGCUUGCCAUCAAUAAUGGUAAAAUUAAUGUUAACGGCACAAUAUCAGAGUUACGUGAUUCGGGAUCGUUGAAUUUUAUUCUAGAGGAGGAAGAUGGUCUUAUUGAUGCAAAGAACUAUCCAGAAUUACUUGAUAUUAAACAAGAUGUUCAAAUAAUAACUGAACUACCUGAUACUUCAGCCUUUUCUUUUUUUGUAAAUGAUUCUAUACAAUUGACCAAAAAGAACUCUGAGCCUAAAAAACUCAUUCAGGAAGAAGCGCGUCCAAUGGGCAUGGUCAAGUUUAAAAUUUAUAUGACAUAUUUAAGUGCAAAUGGAAAUUUUUUGUUCUGGCUGUUUGCAAUUAUGCUUUUCUUUAGCGCAAGAAGUACUCAAGUAUUAGGAAGUUGGUGGCUCAAGGAGUGGGCAAACGCAAGCACCGAAGUAUCCCGUCAAAGCAAUGCAUCAACAACCAUGACGUCAUUUCAUGUCAAUCUUCAAGGAUUUUUAAAGCACGAUGUUAAUCAUUAUUUCAGCAUUUAUGUUUUGAUUACUGUGUCAUCUAUUUUUCUUGGAGUGUUCCGUUUUGUUUGGCUUUAUUAUGGAUCUUUAAAAGCAUCUCGAAAACUUUAUCAAACUUUACUUCAUCGAGUUAUCAGAGCUCCUUUAAGAUUUUUUGAUAUAACUCCGGUUGGAAGAAUUCUUAACCGGUUUAGCAAAGAUUUUGAGAAUGUUGAUAGCAAUCUAUCAGGGGACCUUGCUUGGCAUAUAAACAAUAUAUUCUUGAUUAUCGGAACAAUAUUGGUGAUAGCCUCCAUUACAAAAGGAUUUCUAAUUGUGGCCAUUGUUAUGGGAUUCUAUUAUUUGUGGAUUGGAAAGCUGUUUGCGAAUGCAUCACGUGAAUUGAAAAGAUUAGAUUCGGUGACAAGGUCUCCGUUGUUUAGUCAUUUUACUGAAACUUUGAAAAUUGAUGAUAAUAAUAGACCAGUGUUUUAUUUAAAGCUAAUAAAACGUUGGUUAAAUAUCAAAUACAAUUUAACAGGAGUUUUCGUCACAUUUAUUGCAGGGAUCCUUUUAUUAUCGAAUUUAGACUAUAUCGAUCCCGGCCUAGUCGGUUUAUCGUUAUCAUUUGCCAUGCAAUUUACUGAACAGAUCAUGUGGUACGUUAACAAAUAUACUGACCUUGAAAUGAGUUUAAAUUCCAUAGAAAGGAUCAAUGAGUUUUCAGAAAUUUCUCAAGAACCUCCUGAAAUUAUUGAACCAAGACCACCCGCCAGUUGGCCACAUAAUGGUGCAAUAGAAGUUGAAAAUUUAAAAGUGAGGUAUGCACAUGAUUUAGAUCCUGUGUUGCAAAAUGUUUCGUUUAGUGUUAAAGGUCAGGAAAAAGUUGGAAUUGUUGGAAGGACCGGGUCCGGAAAGUCAACCUUAGCUUUGACAUUAUUUAGAUUUAUGGAACCAUGUGAAGGGAAAAUUUAUAUUGAUGGAAUCGAUAUUUCUUCUAUCGGAGUUUAUGAUCUUAGGUCGAGAAUUACCAUCAUUCCACAAGAUCCAAUUUUGUUCACGGGAACAUUAAGAAACAAUCUUGAUGUAUUUUCAAUAUAUCAAGACUAUGAAAUUUUAGAUUCUUUGCGUCGUGUUCAUUUAUUACCAUCCGAUGAAGAAGUUCAAAAUGAUCCAUAUUUAAUAGAUAACAUUAAAGUAUUUUGUAAUUUAGAAACACCUAUUUGUGAUGGAGGAAAGAAUUUUAGUCAAGGUCAAAGGCAAUUAUUAUGUAUUGCUAGAGCUUUGUUGAAAAGAUCUAAAGUCAUUAUAAUGGAUGAGGCUACAGCUAGUAUUGAUUUUUCUAUGGAUGAAAAAAUUCAAAAGAUGAUUAGAACUGAAUUUGAGGAUUGUACAGUAUUAUGCAUCGCUCACAGAUUACGUACCGUUAUUGAUUGUGACAGGAUUUUAGUAAUUGGUAUGAGAAAAGCAUCAAGGAAAAGUUGUAGAAUUUGA